AUGAAAUUCACGAGUGUCGUAACUUCCAUCGCUGUCCUCCUCGUUUCUGCCGUUUCCGCACUUUGGGCUCUACCUAUUUCACUUCAGCCCAGGGAUGUAUUUGUUCCACCCGUCACCUAUCCACACAACAAGACCGUCUGGAUCGUUGGUCAACAUCACAACGUUACAUGGGAUACAUCGGAUGCUCCAGUAAACAUUACCAACAAGAUCGGCAUGAUUUUUCUCAGGAAGGGAGGACUCACGACAAACUUGAGUUUGGCUUCAAACUUUUCCAUUUUAUUGGGAAGAAUAGUCGUUGAAGUCCCUCAUGUGGAGACGGGAAGGGACUAUCAGGUCGUCCUAUUUGGAGACUCUGGAAACUUCUCUCCCUUCUUCACCAUCACGAACGUCUAA